UUGGCUCGCCUCGCCUCGCGCCGCUGCCGUUAACGCUCCCCCCCACCCACCGCCUCACACCGGCCUCGCGCGCGCCCCUUUUCCCCCCUUCUCCCGUCGCCGCCUCUUCCCUCAUGGCCAACUACAUCCACGUGCCGCCGGGCUCGCCCGAGGUGCCCAAGCUGGACAUCGUCGUCAGCGAGAGGGACCCUUCGGGCGGCGGCGGCAUCAGCAGCAACGACGGCGGAGGGGCGGGGUACCGCCAGGGCGCCUUGCGGCUGCUCGGCCAGCUGAGGCCCGACUGGAAGCCCGAGGACGUGACGCUGAAGUUAUUUACGGAUGGAAUUACCAAUAAGCUUAUUGGCUGUUAUGUGGAUGAAGAGAUGGAUGAUGUGGUCCUUGUAAGAAUUUAUGGAAAUAAGACAGAGCUGUUAGUUGAUCGAGAGGAGGAAGUAAAGAGCUUCCGUGUGUUGCAGGCCCAUGGCUGUGCACCGCAACUCUACUGUACUUUCACUAAUGGCCUGUGCUAUGAGUUCAUGCCAGGAGAAGCCCUGGAUCCAGAACACGUUUGCAACCCAGAGAUAUUCCGGCUCAUAGCCAGGCAACUUGCUAAAAUACAUGCUAUUCAUGCUCACAAUGGAUGGAUUCCCAAGUCCAAUUUAUGGCUGAAGAUGGGGAAAUACUUUUCUCUCAUACCAAAGGAAUUUGCAGAUGAGGAAUUGCACAAAAGGUUUCUAAGGGAUAUCCCAAAUCCUCAGAUCCUUCAGGAGGAAAUGACGUGGAUGAAGGAGAGACUGUCCAACCUGGGCUCCCCAGUGGUGCUUUGUCACAAUGAUCUGUUGUGUAAAAAUAUCAUCUACAAUCAAAAACAAGGUGAUGUUCAAUUCAUUGACUAUGAGUAUUCUGGAUACAAUUACUUGGCUUACGACAUUGGAAAUCACUUCAAUGAAUUUGCAGGAGUGAGUGAGGUAGACUAUAGCCUCUACCCAAGCAGAAAACUGCAGGAGCAGUGGCUGAGAGCUUACCUUGAAGCGUACAAGGAGUAUAAAGGGUUUGGAACCAAUGUCACUGAGAAAGAGGUGGAGGUGCUGUAUGUUCAAGUCAACCAGUUUGCACUGGCCUCUCACUUCUUCUGGGGAUUAUGGGCCCUGAUUCAAGCGAAAUACUCCACCAUUGAAUUUGACUUUUUAGGGUACGCAAUUGUACGCUUCAAUCAGUACUUCAAAAUGAAGAAUGAAGUCAUAACGUUAAAACUUCCUGAGUAACAACUAAAAACUUCGCUGUAUCGGAAUAAGAUUCCUUCUGUCUUUUGUCUGAGUACAGAUAAUGGAAAAAGCUAAACAUUUGUUAGUUUUGUAAUGUUCCUAUGGUGGUUUUUGCUUUUCAUUGAU